CUUUGACUUGUGAAGGGGGAAAAGUUUUAAGGACAGAAAAAAAAACCUAAAUCACGGAAGAGAUUCUGCAGUACGAGUUUGGCAAGUCCGCAGGGCGCAGAGCGGUGUAGAAAGGCGGAGAAAGGGGCCAGAAAGUCUCAUUUGCGCACAUCUGGUACACAUCUCUAGUCCCGCAGACGGUGAACGAGAGUGGAGUCAUGGAAGCUGCCAUUCAGACGGUGGUGAAGGUCUUCAUCAAGUCCUCCAAAGGGAAAGAGAAUCUUGGACAAAAAGACUUCCAGAACCUCGUCAAGUCCCAGCUCGGAAACAUCCUCUCGGGAGCAGACAGCAAGGAGGCCGUCAAGAACAUGAGCCAGGGACUAGACUCCAACAACGACGGCAGGGUUGGCUUCGAGGAGUACAUGAAGCUCGUCGGCUACCUGGCGUGCUCACUGAGCGAACAGCGCAAUCUCGAAAACGAGGAGCCGGAACAGAAAGCGGCCACCGCACAGGCUGCGCAGAGUGCCCCCAAUAACACAGGGGGGCAACCCAAGGAAAACGCAGAGGCCAAGGAGGAGACCAAGCCGGAGCCUAAGCAAGAGGCGAAAGCAGACGCAAAGGUGGAAGUAAAGGCUGAAGCCAAGGCGGAGGGGGAGACGAAACCAGACGCAGUUAAGGUGGAAGCAGUGGCAAAAGCUGAGGUGGCGCCGGUGGCAGCGCCGGCUGUGGUGGCACCAGCAGCAGAGGUAAAAGUGGCAGAGAAAGAACCAGAGAAGGUGGAAAAAACGGAAAAGGUGGACGAAGCUGCAGAGGAAUCUCCUGCUAGUCCCGAGGAAGAAGCAGUGGAAAAAACAGAGGAGGCAACAUCAUAAGGGACAAUCCAAUCCUUCAUUUAACCCUCCCACUGUCCUAAUGGGUGUGACCCCACGAGGAAAGUUGACCAUUGAGCAGGGUUGAUGGUUUAUCGCUUGGGUCCACGUGGCCGGCCGGGGUGAGGAGUGAGCACCGCCUCUCCCCUGCCACGUGGACCUCAAGGGAUAAACCAUCAACCCUGCUCAAUGGUCAACUUUCCUCGUGGGGUCACACCCAUUAGGACAGUGGGAGGGUUAAAAAAAAUACAACACAAGAAUGACGCCAAAAUAUGUUGGAAAGCCACUAUUUUAUAUAUAUAUAAAUAUAUAUUAAAAUGUAAUAUUUUUAACACUACAGUCAGUUAUGGAAAAAAGCACUAUUCCUCCUAUAUAAAUAUGUACAAGACCGCAGUGUUGGGCCGCUACUUACCACUAUGUUAAUAUGUACAGCAUGUGCAUCUCACUAUUUAGCACAUUUACCUCAUCGUGAGCAUUCACUAUGACAGCGCGCAGCCGUGAAAAGCUCCCUCCAAACUUGACUGAAGUAUCUUAACACACCACUUCCCUUUCUCUCUCUCCUUUUUUGGGUUUCCCACAGCCCUUGAUUACUUAAGGGAAUUUGUAAGUUUAUUAGGCAAAAUUAAACUUGUUUACCGUUGAAUCUUGCUCAUCUAAUUGGCCUUUUCUAGUCACUUCAAGCAAAGGUUUUCAUCCUAAUGAGGAAAUUAAAGAAAAAAUAACUUAUUUUCUUUAUUUUUUACAACGCCUAAACAAAAUGGUGGCUUAUUUAAUACAACAAUGAAAAAACAGACAUGUUAGUUUUUUUUUAAGUAACAGAGAAGUUUCCUGUUCUUUCAACCUUCUGGUUAAAAGUGGAAUUACAACUGUCGUGAACAACCCUUCUUUAGCUAGUGCUAACAACGAACUAACACUACAAUUAGCCAACUAGUGCUAAAAUAAACCACAAAGUCAAAAGGUCCACAAUGUCGGACAAAAAUUAUUAUUACUCACAAGUCCAGUAAGCAACAAAGCCAGGUCACCAUCAGUCUGUGAUUUUUGUAGCCUCCUUUAGCUCCCUCAAACUAGUGUAGGCCAUACCCAUAUUUACUCUGGUUUUAGCUAUUUGCUUUGCCUCCGAAUACAUUACUCUUACACUUUUACUUGUAGGCUCCACCAUGAUGCCAACAGAUAAAGCAAACUUCUUCUUUUUCUUCUUGGCCUUUUAUUGACAAUUGGUAAACUGAAAAUGCUAACUACUAGCAUUACAACUAACAGCCAUAAAGCAGGUAAAGAGCAUCCCCUAGGACACCUACCCACUACGCAAAAGUAUCAAGUGCAGUUUUUGGCUAGUAGAGGGCUGCAGAGUGGCGUCAAAUAUGAAUCUGGAAAAGUUUCGAACUCGACAAUCACUGAGAUAAAUGUUUAAGUUCUUGCUUAAAGUUUAAAAUAUAUGUGUUUUAACUUUAUUGCAUUUCGGUCUUUUUCCUAUUUCAUUCCCAACUUGUGAAAAUAUCAAUUUUUUUGGUUUUCCAUUUGUUUUGGACUAAUUUCCUUUUGCAUUUUUUGUUUGAUUUGAACUCUUCCUGGAUAUUAUUUUUAUGGGCUUUGUUGUUAGAAUUUUUACUUCGUUUGAUUUCAAAUGUUUUCCUGUAGAAAAAAGAUUGGAGAUUGCUGCAAAAAUUGGGCGCUCUUUCAAAUUUUCCAAUGAUUAGGCUUGUUGCGUUUUUUUUUCUAAUCCUAGAUUUCAAAUGGAUUAUUCAUUCUACGUCUUUGCAGAGAAUGCUAUUUCUCUAGCUUUCUACUCAGAAAUUCCUUUCUGGAGUCUUCAGUAGGUUCUGUUUACUCUCACUCUGCCGUGGAUUAAGAACUGGAAUGUCAGGUGUGACCUUCAGCUAAAUAAUUAAGACACAGGGAUGAAAUCUACACCUUAAAGGGUCAUUAGGGUCAAAACGAAGCCCAAAAUAGCCCUGAUUAAGUGAGUUCAGGACUGGGAGAGAAGGUCAGUAAAAGGUGCUGCAACAAAAAAGAGAGUUUCAAAAUAAUAUUUAUAAUAAUUUUUGCAUUUUAUUCUGGAGGGACCCUUUUGCACCCAAAACAAAAUUUAAAAAGGGGAAACCUGAUCUUUACUUUUCUUUUAAAAUUGAUUAUAACCAUUUGUUGGUUUCAGCAGCACCUGCUGGGGCUUUUCUCCUGUCGGCCACACCCUUGUACAGUUUAAACGCCCUGUUUGACCUGCAACUGGAUCCUUGAGCAUUAAGCACUGGGAAAUUACUGGAUUAGGCAUUUCAUAAGUGACACACCCUUGGACACAAACAAUUGCAUGAAAGUAAUCCUGGACUCUAGAGGUCCUGCUCUUGAGGCAAUGUGAUGCUGAUGUCAGAAGGUCCUCUUUUGUUAAGCAACACUGAUCCUUUGUAUGCUGCAUUCUACAUGAAACCUAUUUUUUAGACAUUAUUUUUACAGUUUGGACCAAGAUCACCUAAAAAAAUAUACAUGUUUUACCAAUUUUUUAAAUGUUUUUUUCAAUCAAAGUGAAGCAGUUUGUUAAUAUUUUUUAGUAAAAGUGAGAAAUUUUUUUUUUGCAGAAUUCCCAGAUGUUUUUAUUCAAAAUAGACACAAAAUGUUGCAUUAAACUUUUCAGAUGGGUCGUGUUGCCUCACCAGGACACUCCCAUAGUAAACACCCUCAUUUACAGCCACCCUGCUUGUCUUUUACUAUCAAACUUCCUGUGGGGCAUUCUGGACUUCUGGCCUGCAGAAUCAUUUGCUUAAUUAAAACAUUUGACUUGGUACAUCCUGUGAAUAACUUCAGUCUCUUGAACCUUAUCCUGACAGUAAAGUUGAGGUACAGCAGGAAGGUCGGAGUUGAGUUUUUUUAAUUGAUGUGUUGAAAUUACUGAACUUGCACUACCAGUGAAUUCCUAAUAAAUGUGAGCAAAGCAACAGCAGGAAAACGUCACAAAUUGUCUCGAUAAUUUUAUGCUCUUUUAACAGAAUUAACGCCAAUAAGAGUUUGCUUUUUUUAAAUUAAUAUAACUACAGUUUCUGUAUUUUAAACUCCAACCUACUGGAACUGAGCACAUCUGCAACAGGGAGUGUUCCCAUUGCCACAUAAUGAGACUCAAUAACUCCAAGAUACACUCUAAAAAUAUAUACGUUGAAUUUCUUUAACCAGCUUAUGUCAACUGGUUCCACAAAAAUGUAUUUGCCUUUAUGCAUGUAGUAAUAUACAUUCACUUUUAACUUAACAAUGCUUAAGACUCUACAUUUAAGCAGUUAGGUUUAGUGGAGCCAGUUGACAUAACUCGGUUAAGUAAAUUCAACAUUUCAUUUAAUACAGUGUAUAUCAAAUUGAGAUCAAAGUUAAUGAUUCAACCAAUGAGUUACUGUUUGCUUGUGACUCAAAUGGAGGUCAAAACAUUUGUGAUUAUGGGAUCAUUCCCAGGAUGCUGUGCAGGCACUCGUGUUCAUUUCCUGCAGAGAAUUGCACUCAUAAGAAAUAAACUGUUGAGUUAAUUUAACCAAGUUAUGUCACCCGGACCUAAUUCCAUAAAUGAAGAGAGUGACGUACAUUGUUAUACGUUAUGUUAAAUACUGUAAAAAUUCAAGCAACUAGGUUUAGCAGAACCAGGUGAUGUAAUUUGGUUAAGUUAAUCCAACAUUUUAUUUCUUAGAGUGUAGAACGUGUUCCAUUCAUAUGUAUCGCUGUAUUAUUUGUGCCUUAUAUGUAAUGGAUAGUAUAGAAUAAAACUGUGACUGUU